GGCUGGCUGUCAGUCACAUUUAUUUGAAUCUGUCAGUCUGUCUUAAUAUGUCUACAUGAUUGUUUAUCUGUUUGUCCCAUCUGCCAGUCUAUGUCUCUGUUUGUCUGUUUGUCUGCUUGUUGAGAAGCUUUUGAAAAAUACCUUACAUGCCUGCCUAACUGUCUACUUGAAAUAGCCAUCAAAUACAUUGCAUUUUGCCAGUCACUGCUGUUACUCCCUUAUUUCUAAUCUUCUCUGAUGAUCAAGGAGACACCAAAACUGCAGUACAAACCAUCUGGUUGUCAGUUUGCUUGUUAGUCUGCUUUUCACUUUUUCUGUCUGUUACUCAUUCACCUCAUUGUUUUUGCAACUAUUGUGGAUCAAGGCACUGCCCUCUUUGUCUGUGCAUAAAGGAGUGUGUUUACAUUUCUGUGAAAGCCUAAGUCUUUGUUAUCAAGAGGAAUGCAGUCACUUAGGUAAAUAAAUUCCAUGCAUAGCCAAGACUUCAUUCUUGCCCAGAAAGGCUUCUAGGCUUACAUUUGCCUUCACCUUACCAGGACUGACUAAUCAAUAUCAUUACUGCAAAAGAACUCGAUUACCUAACGAAGCUGGUUUCUCUUGGCUAAUGGAUGAGCAAGUAUUGAUUGUUCAUUAGCAAACUGUUGAGACAGUAGGAGGGUCUGCACGUGCUCAACUCUCUGAGUGAAUCACCAAUCAGAUAGUCUGAUCUUCAUUGACUGUUUGUUGUCAAAAAAUCACAAAUGGUGAAACUUUAAGUAGCUACAUUGGAUGUGUCGAGUGACAUUAUAUUUGCAAACCAUUGAAAAUAUGUUUGGGUGUGGUUUUACAUCCGGUUUAGUGCAUUUGCAUUUAUAGAUUGCUAUAUAUUAUGUCAUGGAGUCUGUGUGGUCGCCAGGUUGAUGUUACAGAGUGAGUCACUAAGCAGUCAGUGCAAGACAGUGCCUGUGCUGAGUCUGUGGUAGGUAGGAUAUGAAGUAUGAGGCUCUUGUUUCUGUAGCACGGUUUUCUUUAGCCGCCAGGAUAAAUAUAACUAUCAACCCACUAAUGUAUAUCUGAUCUACACAUCUACGUAUAUAGUUAUCUAUGUGUACAGAGGCGUGACGCCCACCGAUUUGCUCCAUUAUACGACUCCCAAUGCGCUCUAUUUCAAGUGCCGUGCGCAUCAUGCCACCGCCGGUCUGAUUGCAGUGUCUCAAUGAGUGUUUACGUUAUUCGCUUGCCAGCAAAUCGCUGCCCGUCUCAAAAGACAACACUUAAUUAAGUGCACCUCGUCUCAGCCCGCUGCACUAGACGGAUUCCCGGAAGGCGCUUCAUUUUGCAGACAAGCUAACUCACUACCGCCGGAGGUCUCUCCAUCUGCACGUGCAAGGUUCAGCAAGAUAGUGCAGACUGCAGUGUCUCUCUCUGCUGCUGCUGCCGGUGCUGCUGCUCGAAUUGGCGGCGUGUGCAGGCACUCACGUGUGUAAUGAAGCUGGCGUUAUUAGGUUUUAGUUGUUGUUUCGCGUUGAGCACGCCUACACUUAGACACGUCGCUGAUACGAUGAUAUUCAUUCUACCCAUUGUAGCCUGAUAGAUUUGCCAUUUGGCUGCAGCCGCGUGGACAGUGUGGUGCAUUAGUAUUGUUUCUCUUUUGUGCGUGCAUUGUCAAGCAGUAUGACAAAGAGCAAUGCGAGAGUGAUGGCGGCGCUGUUGAGGUCGCAUGGUUGGAUUAUGUUGCCUCUUCUCUUGCUGCUGCAGGAGACUGUUUCUUCUCCAACUGGACCAAAGCAAGGGAAGGAUGAGAAGAUGAGAAGAAGCGUUUUUCAAAGCACUGACAAUGAAACGGCCUAUGCUUUUGAUGUCUGGCGGUCGAUUCUCAAUGGAAGUGCAAAGUCAGUUGAGCCAGAGUCGGCAAGUGGAGGAAAGUUGAGAGCACCAGGUCCUCCAGGACCGCAAGGACCUCCUGGACCUCCUGGACCUCAAGGACCUCCUGGGCAUGGCUGGUCACAUAAGGAUUUGGUCGUCAUCUUUGAGAAUUUUCUGAAGACAGACACUUUCCUAGGUCACUUAAAUUGUAAUUCUAAGAAACAGAAGAGCACUACAGUUGAUACAACAGGGACGCCUACUGAGGAUGCAGGAGGUGGGCAUGCAACAGGAUGUCUACCUGGACCACCUGGACCAAAGGGAGAAAAGGGUGAAAGAAGUGACAAGGCCAAGCAAUUAGAAGCAUACUUUACAACGGCAAUCCCAGGCGGAGACACAAUAAUCAAGGCUUUGCCUCAAGUCACCCACGGAUUCACUGUCAGGACAUCUCGGUCUCUUAGAGUUAGGAAACGUACAAUAAUCGAGAUAGAUUUGUUUGAACAUGUUAUUGCUCCUGGCAUGUUCAACCGCGGCUUGUUAUUUGACUCAGCAACAGGCCGAUUUACUGCAAACGUUGGAGGAAUAUAUCAGUUUGAUGCUAAACUGCAUAUUAGCUGGCAUUCGCAAAACAGCCAACCAGCAAACAAGACAGUCUCACAGACACCUACUCACAGUAUGCCUUUCAUAAGAUGCCUCGUAUGCAUCAAUUCAAGAUGUGGUUUGAAUGGGUACAUCCAAGUAUUUCAUGAAGCCGAACCAAGUAAAUCAUUCUUCACAAUAUCUGUAAGAGGAAUGCUCCAUCUUCGGGCCAGGGACUACACUUCGGUGUUCGUCGAGAAUGCCUCACGCCAUAACCUGACUGUCUUGACAAUGAGUUCCUUCUCGGGCAUCUUGUUAGGAGUAUGACUGGUCAAUGUGACAUGGAACACUUAUGUAUUCAUCUUACAGUGUCAGACACAUGUUUAGACUUGCUGUAGCAUUUGUAAAGUACUUUGAAGUUGA